CUUUUACAUUUCAUUUCAAUCCAAAUCUCUCUUCCAUAAGUCAAAGAGAACCAAUUUCAGUGUGAUCCGCUCAUCUUGUGGUCACUGUUGCGCAUUACAGGUCCAAUCCACCUGGGAAGUGCAGUUAAUUGAUAAUUGGAAUAGCUAAUCCAAAGGGCCAUAUGCUAGGUUGGCUAUGUUCUGUUGGUAUUGGUACCAUAUGCAUAUAUGUAUUGUGGAUUCCAGCUGAUAAAAAGCUAUUAGUGCCUUAGUGUGAUUCUAACACAAACACGUCUGCAAAUUUUGUUGGUUUAUGGAGAUUGGCAACAGCAGGAGCCUAGGCUUCAGGGUUGAAAUGUUUUUGGGUCCUGAAGAUGAUGAAGUGGACCCAACCCUGGGCCCCCUAUCCAACUCCCAGGAAAGAACAUCCAAAGGAUUGAGGCCAGCAUACGAAGUGGAAAUCUUGUAUGGAAGCCCAGCCCAAAUAACUAGCUUGGGGAUUGGGGCAUUGGGGCCUUGAGGGAGGUUAGUUAAUUCAGUUGAGUUGAACAAGUAAAAGGAAGCUAAUUAUAGGGAGGACAUUGACUGGAAGAUUGUGUCGUGAAAGUUGAAACAGAGCUGUCUGUGACCCUGUUUUUCUCAACCUCCCAUUGUGAGGUGUGGCACCAGCUCAUCCCAUUCCCAUGCAAUCCAUCUCAAUCCUCCAAACUCGAUACCCUCCUCCCUCCCCUCAGUACCGCUCCUCAUCUCUCCAUGGAGGAGCGGGUUCCACCAGUUACCGAUGCCCAUGGAAAUGCUGACCUCUUCCCCGAUUCCCAAAACAUCUUCCGGUCGGGCACUUAUGUUGUCCAAGUCCCCAAAGAUCAAAUCUACCGCGUUCCACCGCCUGAAAAUGCUUUGAUUGCAGAACGCCAUCGUUCCCCUGCUCAGAAGAAAAAGUCAUAUCGUUCUCGCUGUUUCAUUCUCUGCAUCCUCAUUUGCAUCAUUGCCGUUAUUGUUGCCAUAGCAGCCGCCGUUUCCUCUCGAGUUCUUCAUCCUAAGAGUCCCAUAUUCCACAUUCAGCAUCUCGUGGUUACCAAGUCCUCCCAUUCCCGUCCACAAUAUAAAAUCACGUUAAAAGCAAAAAAUCCCAAUUCCCAUACUGGCAUCACGUACGAGGCUGGUGGUCAUGCUUCUCUCUCUUUCAAAAACCAUGAAAUAGCAGAUGGAGAUUGUCCGACUUUCUCCCAAGGCCAGAAGGACUCCACAGUCUUUGUUGUACCACUAAGUGGCUCGAAGAGUGCAUUGCCUAAAGAGAUUGAGAGGAGCAUCAAAAGCCAAAAUUCAACAGCACACACCUCUCUUUCUCUGUCUCUGUCAAUGGAUUAUCCCAUCAAACGAAGAGUUUGGUUGUUCAAAAGGGGUAAGCGACUUGCUGUUUUAUGCAAUGUAACAGUGGAUACGUUGGCAAAGGGUACCCGUGUCCUAUCCCAGGAAUGUCAUAGCUAAAGCCAACCCUACACAAAUAUGUGGGCUGACUGCAGAGGCAGCCAUGCGAUGGAGGUGGUAAUUGUACCCAUCUGAACCUGUUUUCUAUAAUAAUCUUUCCUUUUUGGGUCCUUUUCCACUUUUUUAUUUUCAUUCUAAAAUCCGGACAUUGUGAAGAGAUGAUAAUGAGCUUAUACUUGUGAUCUUGUCUUUUGAUCCUGAAAUCUUAUAAUUUACCCGUGUGGCUCAAAUCUAGCAUCGAGACAUUUGUCUCCCCUUUUUUUUUUUAAUCCCUUUGCCUUUACUUUUUAUUGCAGGUGUUGUACAUUAAUUGCUUUCAUCCACUGUAAACAUUUUUCUUCAUACAUAUUGUGCUU